AUGGGCUCUUGCUUUCUAGGGCAGGACCAUGCCUCUUCACCCAUCAUACCCAAAUCCAUUCAACUUACAACUGCCCUUCCCAGCCCCAGCCCCCACCCCCACCACCCCAAGUCCCCAGGAAAACCCACCCCUCCCCACAGUCCCCAGCCGCCAGAAACUCUUCCCACAGACUGCCCCCUUCAACCCCCAACCCCGAGUCCCAGGAAACCCCAUGUGUUCCCAGUCCCCAGUCCCCAGGAAUCCUUCCCACUGGCGUCCCCCUCCAACCGCCCACCCCAAGUCCCCGGCAAACCCCACUCCCCCCAGUCCCCAGGAACCCAUCCCAAUGGCACUCUCCCCCAAAUCCCCCACCCCAAGUCCCAGAAAACAGCCCCCCAGUCCCCAGCCCCCAGCAAACCCUUACCACUGGUGCCCCCCUCCAACGCCCCACCCCCCAAGUCCCAAUGGAAACCCCCCUCCGUUCCCAGCAAAACCCCACCUCUCCCCAGUCCCCAGCCCCCGGGAGCCCUUCCCACCCCCCAGGCGGCCCCCUUCAACCCCCCACCUCGAGUCCCCAGGAAACCGCCCCCCCCUCCGUCCCCAGCAAACCCAACCCCUACCCAGUCCCCAUUAACCUUCCCACUGCCCACCCCACAACACCCAACCCCCUCCGUCUCGGCCAACCUCCUUCCUCCACCUCAGGACCGAAACUCAAGACCGCCCGGACUGACCGGACUGGCAGAACUGCCUCGACUGCCGAGACUGGCUUGCCCCCGCAUCACCCCAAGUCCCAGUCACCAGAAACCCUUCCCACAGGCGGCCCCUUCAAACCCCCGACCCCGAGCCCCCAGGAAACCGCCCCUCCGUCCCAAGCAAACCAACCCCUCCCCAGUCUCCAGCCAACAGGAAUCCUUCCCACUGGCGCCCCCUCCAACCCCCAACCCAACGAAGUCCUUAGGAAACCGCCCCUCCGACCCCAGCAAACCCAACCCCUACCCAGUUCCCAGGAACCUUCCUACUGCCCACCCCCCACAACCCAAGGUAUAUAGAAUAAAGGAGAGAGGUACAGUCACUUUGGUCGCGGGGGUAGUUGUGGGGUAUUUCCGUGACAGGCCUGGAGGCCAGGGUGGGAGCGGUCAAGGCAAAACUACUGCCUUGGGAAACUUAAGUACCUUGGGUCGAAGAGAUUAG